UCGCCACUGUACAAUUGUGUAGCUCCAUCACUUGCCAUGUGGUUUCACGAAGAAUUGUCAACAUAACCUUUUAAAUUUUCUAUUUAAAGUGUUCAAUGUGACAAUCGUAACAAUGCCUAAGAAAAAUAAAGUUAAAGUUUAUAGAAAAAAGAAACGCGUUCCUGAGACAAAAAUAAUCACAGAACUACGAUCCAAAUAUGAUGACAUUGACGAAACGAAGGUAACAAAAUUUAAAGAUCUCCCUCUAUCAGCAAGAACCUUAAAGGGUUUAACAGAAAAUGAUUACAUUGAAAUGACAGACAUACAAAGGCAAAGUAUUGGAUUGGCAUUGCGUGGCAAUGAUAUUUUGGGAGCUGCAAAAACUGGUAGUGGAAAAACGUUAGCAUUCCUUAUCCCAGUUCUGGAAAUUUUGUAUUGCAAACAAUGGACUAGAUUAGAUGGAGUUGGAGCACUUGUCAUCACACCAACUAGGGAACUUGCUUAUCAAAUAUAUGAAACAUUGCGAAAAGUUGGGAUACACCAUGAUAUUUCCGCUGGUCUUAUUAUUGGUGGAAAAGAUUUAAAGUUUGAGAAGAAACGUAUGGAUCAGUGUAACAUUAUCAUUUGUACUCCAGGACGUUUAUUACAACAUAUGGAUGAAAAUCCAUUAUUUGAUUGCGUAAAUAUGCAGGUGUUAGUAUUAGAUGAAGCUGAUCGUUGCUUAGAUAUGGGUUUUGAACAAACUAUGAAUUCUAUUAUAGAAAAUUUGCCUCCAGAAAGACAAACUCUCUUAUUUUCUGCAACUCAAACGAAGUCUGUCAGAGAUUUAGCCAGAUUGAGUUUAAAAGACCCUAUGUACAUAUCUGUUCAUGAGCAUGCUACUCAUACUACACCUGAAAACCUUCAACAAAGUUAUAUUAUAUGUGCCUUGGAAGAUAAAUUGUCAAUGAUAUGGUCUUUUCUGCGGAAUCAUUUAAAACAAAAAAUUAUUGUAUUCUUCUCUAGCUGUAAGCAGGUCAAAUAUGUAUAUGAAGUGUUCUGUAGAUUAAGACCUGGCAUAAGUUUGUUAGCUCUUUAUGGUACCUUGCAUCAACUCAGACGAAUGGAAAUUUAUGAAACAUUCUGCAAAAAGCAAUUUGCAGUUUUAUUUGCCACUGACAUUGCAGCUCGUGGAUUAGAUUUUCCUGCUGUGAAUUGGGUUAUACAAAUGGACUGUCCUGAAGAUACAAAUGCAUAUAUACACCGUGCCGGUAGAACAGCUAGGUUUCAAAGUGGUGGUGAAUCUUUAUUAGUUUUAUUAUCUUCUGAAGAAAGCAUCAUUGCAAAACUAAAGGAACGUAAAAUACCAAUAUCCAUGAUCCAGAUAAACCCAAACAAGUUGCAAAAUCCUCAACGCAAAAUAGAAGCAUUGUUAGCGAGGGAUGUAUCAUUAAAAGAAAGUGCUCAAAGAGCAUUCAUAUCGUAUGUAAAGUCAGUUUUUUUAAUGAAAGACAAAGAAAUUUUUAAUGUUCGUGCAUUAAAUACUGACGCUUAUGCGAGAUCAUUAGGAUUAGCUAUACCUCCGAGGAUACGAUUUUUACAAAGAAUAGAACAAAAACGACAGAUGUCUAGUAAAACCUUCGAAAACAAGGAAUCAGGCACAAAUAACAAACUGGAUAAUUACAAGCAGAAAGAAGAUGAACAGAAUUCUAUUAGCGAUGAAAGUUCUAAUGAAGAUGAAAAAAAUAUCAAAGAUCAUAAAACAAAAGCAAACAAAUUUACAUUUGACGAUAGUGAUGAUGAUGAUAUAUUGACUUUAAAGAGAAAAAAUAUUGAUAUUAACGAUAUACCUGAAAUUUCUAACGACGAGAUUUUGGAUUCGAAUAAAAAGAAAGCUGUUACAAAGGCCGCUGUUGCUAAAAAAAUUCUUAGGAAGAAAAUAGUACCAAAUAAGAAAACUACUUUCAACGAAGAUGGAGAGGAAGUACUGGAUCCUUCAAGAGAUAAGCUUUCAGAAAUAGCAAGACAAUAUGAAAAAGAAGUAGAAUCUGGUAUUAACAUAGAAAUAGCCAAACAAAUAUUGCGCGAAGAAGAUAAAUUUGAUAAGCAACGCUUUAGACAAAAAGUUAAAGAAAAACACAGAGAAGAAAAACGCAAAUUAAAAGCCAGUAAAAAGAAAGAAGAUGAGAAUGAAGAUCAUGACGAAGAAGAUGUAGAACAUAGUGAUGAAGAUAGUGCUAGUGAAAGUGAGCAAAGUGAACCAGAUUUAUCAUGGUUGCCAGAUCCAGAUAAAAUUUAUGGUAAACAGGAUAAAAAUGGUGAAGAGGAAUCAGAAAGUGCUAACUCUGAGGAAGAUGAAGAGGAAAGCAAAAUACAUAGGCCUCUUAAAAGGAAACUUUUAACACAGAAGGAAUACAAAAAAAUAAAGAAAAAACAAAAAACAUUACUUGAUAUAGAAAACGCACACUUAAAAGCGGACGAGGAACUAGCAUUACAACUCUUACAAAAUUAAAUGAGGAUGUAUAUUUUCCAUGGUUGUUGAAGAAAUCUUUAAUCUUUUUUCUUUUUA